UAAAAGUGAUUUAUUUGAAGUUUAAAUGACCAUAGCAUUUAUUUAUUGAAUAUCAAUAUUACUUUAAAUUCGUGUUAGUUUUGCAACACGUCUAACAUGAUCUACAUUUCCGUCGUCGUAUAAAUUAGAGAUUCAGACUCCCCUUCGUUGUGGUUAAAUACUAAGUUCCGUGUGCCGACGCGGAAGCGAGAGCAAGCGAAGCCCAGCUGUCAAAAUCUGUCUCUUCUCGCCACAAACCUAACUUAAAUUGUUUUGAAAAUGAGCUAUCCGCGUUGGCUGCCUCUGGAGUCUAACCCCGAAGUCAUGACGAAAUUUGUCAAUUCUUUGGGUAUGAAGCUCAGUUGGCAGUUUGGAGAUGUUUAUGGCUUGGAUCCAGAGCUUCUCAGCAUGGUGCCUCGACCUGUGUGCGCUGUGCUGCUCCUCUUCCCCGUCACAGAGAAGUAUGAAGCCUACAAACAAGAGGAAGAAGACCGUCUGAAAAAGCAACUGCAAGAAGUCUCUCCAAACAUCUUCUUCAUGAGGCAAACCAUCAGCAAUGCUUGCGGAACAAUAGGAUUGAUCCACGCCGUGGCCAACAACCUUGCACACCUGGAAUUUGAAUCUGGCUCUCCUCUUAAGAAGUUUGUGGAGCUCACCUGUAAAAUGAAUCCAGAAGAACGAGGUGCUUUCCUGGAGAAAGAUGAGAGUAUUCGUGUCACACAUGAGUCCAGCGCACAGGAGGGACAGACUGAGGCGCCAAGUUUAGACGAUAAAGUCAACCUUCACUUUAUAGCUUUUGUGAACGUCGGAGGACAAUUGUACGAGCUAGAUGGGCGGAAACCUUUCCCUAUUUGUCACGGAAAAACAUCGGAGGGUACUCUCUUAGAGGAUGCUGUGGAGGUUUGUAAGACUUUCAUGGCCCGCGACCCGCAGGAAAUCCAUUUCACCAUCAUCGCCCUCUCCAAAGAUUAGUAGCGAGUCAAGACGUGAGCGGAGAAAACUCUUUACUGCCAAACAUUCUCAAGUGCUGACUUUAUCUUGCGUCCUAGUGCUGAUUUGGAGCGAGCUAACAAACAUUUCUAAAUUGAAACACAUCAUUUCCACUAAUUUAUUUACUCUUUGGAGUUUGAUGAGAUUGCAGGUGAAUCACAGAAGCGCUAGCUCAGUAAUUGCACUAAAACUGUUUACGUAGCAUGUUUGCGUUUCGGCGAGGGAGAAAUUGAGCAUAGUUUUCACGGCACGGCGGAAAGAAAGCAGUUUGUGGUCGUUCAGACAAAAUUACACUGUUAUGAAGCACUUAUUAAUUAAAGCAUGUCUCAUCCUCUACUUCCUGUACGUGAGGCCAAGUUAAGACUGUAUGUCCUUGUAAAAGGUGCCUACAUUUUUUGUAAUAAUAAAAAAAAAACAAGACUUGUCAAUUAAAUACUAAAUGUGA